UGUAAACAAUGUAGUAAAACUUUUAUAUAUAAUACAAGUCUUAAAAGACAUGAAAAAAUGCAUACUGGAGAAAAACCCUAUUCAUGUAAACAAUGUGGUGAAGCCUUUAGAAAACAUAGUCAUCUUCAAAGCCAUGAGAAAAUGCAUACUGGAGAGAAAACCUAUACAUGUAAAGAAUGUGGUAAAGCCUUUACACGACACAAGUACCUUCAGGUACAUGAAAAAAUUCAUAAUGGAGAGGAACCAUAUGAAUGUAAAGAAUGUGGUAAAAACUUUAAAUAUAAUAGGUCUCUUCAGUUACAUGAAAGAAGACAUACUGGAGAAAAACUAUAUGAAUGUAAACAAUGUGGUAAAGCCUUUAUAUGUAAUAAGUAUCUUCAACGUCAUGAAAAAACACAUACCAGAGAGAAACCUUAUGAAUGUAAACAAUGUGGUAAAGCCUUUAGCUGUCGCAGGUAUCUUCAGUUACAUGAAAGAAGACAUACUGGAGAAAAACCUUAUGAAUGUAAACAAUGUGGUAAAGCUUUUAGAUAUCACAGUUAUCUUCAGUUACAUGAAAAAAUUCGUACUGAAGAAAAACCAUAUGAAUGUAAGCAAUGUGGUAAAGCAUUUAGAUGGCACAGUUACCUUCACUUCCAUGAACGAAUUCAUACUGGAGAGAAGCCAUAUGAGUGUAAGCAAUGUGGUAAACCUUUUAGAUGGCACAGGUACCUUCAAUUGCAUGAAAAAAUUCAUACUGGAGAAAAACCGUAUGAAUGUAAGCAAUGUGGUAAAGCCUUUAGACAGUCCAGUCACAUUCAUGUACAUGGAAAAGUUCAUACUGGAGAACAAACAUAUGAAUAAACUAUGUGGAAAAGCCUUUAGAUAUCACAGCUAUCUUCAGUUACAUGAAAUAUUUAUACUGGAGAAAAGCCGUAUGAAUGUAAACAAUGUGGUAAAGAUGUCAGAUAUUACAGUAAGCUUCAAAGACAUG